AACCACACAAAACCCUCCUCUCCCCUUCUUCCCGAGCUCUCUCUCUAUCUCUAUCUCUCUCUUUAUCCUCCCAAAAACCCUAAAAACGCCAUGAUAUCUCCCCCGAUCCGACGAUCUCUGUACCCGAAUUGCGUAUCCCAACGCGAAUGCGAGGCCCCACGGAGCACGAUCAUGGCGGGGUACACUCGCACGAGCGUGGUGAGGAGGUAUACGCGUCGGAGGAAGGAGGAGGAGGAGGAGGAGGAGCCCAAGGAAGAGGAGAAAGUGGCGGAGACACGGACGGCUAAGAUCGAAGCUUCGAGGGUGUGCGUGGAUUGUGGUACGUCGAUCACUCCCCUGUGGAGGAGCGGCCCCUGUGGCCCCAAGUCUCUGUGCAACGCAUGUGGGAUCAGAUACAGGAAAAAGAGAAAAGGAGGAGGAGGAGGAGGAGGAGGAUCAAAAGGAGAUGAUAAUGGCGACGCAGCAAAUCUCUCUCCAACUCCCAUUAAUUCCCCUGCCACUGCUUCUACUACUAGUACUAGUGCGCACGAAACACGAGAGGCAUCGGCGCAGGUGUGGAGAGAGGAGGAGCUGCGGAGGCUGCAAAAGGAGAAGCAGGAGAAAGUGCUUCUGCUUCUGAUGCAGCAGCAGCAGCAGCAGCAGAAGCAGAAGCAGAAGCUGAUGCUGCGGAGCGCAAACGCAGAAGAUCGCGGCCGCGGCGGCGCAGGCGGGGCGAAGGAGGUGGCGGAGGCCGCGCUUCUCCUCAUGUCGCUUUCCUCGGGCUUUUUUGUUCCCUCGUAAAAAAAAAACAAAAAACAAAAAACAAAAUUAAAGAGAGAGAGAGAGAGGGAGACAUUCUCUCUGCAACACUGACCUCCUCUCCACCACGACAUUUUGUAUUUUGUCCUUUUCUGCAUAUAUAUAUAUAUAUAUAUAUAUAUAUUUGUUAUUUAGUAUUGUAAUUAGAGGGUUUAUCGGAUUCGGGUAGGUGCGGGUGGGUCUUAAAUUAAAGUGAGGGUUGUGUAGUGCGUUAGUGUGGUCUCUUCUCUUCUCUUAUUUUCUACUCUUUUGCGUGCUUUGUGUGCAAAGGAGAUUUUGGUGGGGGGAGAGAGUGGUGAGGAAUUUUAGGUUAGGCUCUGUAAUUUAGUUCUUUGGAAAUUAUGUGAACUCUCUAUACCCCCCCCAAACACAAAAGAAAGGAGAAAGUGAUGAUUAUCGACA